AUGGAUGGCUGGCGUCUGGCUGGAUCAAAUGCGGCCGGCGCAGUGAACUACAUGCUUCCUGGCCAAACGGGAGAAUCCUGCCGUGACAUCCGCCAGGACACUAUUUUCCAAAAGGCAUUCAACGCUCCACUCUCGGUGUACGAAUGGAUGAAACAGCACCCAGAGCAUUACGGAGGCCUGUUCAAGACUCUUGCUCUAUGCUCAAACCAUGACUGGGUAGACGCAUUCCCGAUUGUAGACGAAAUUGGCUCGUUUAUGAGCAACGACGCAGAGAGGGUGCUCUUGGUUGACGUGGGCGGCGGCACAGGACCCCAAGCAGCGAUUUUCAGACAGAGACUCCCUCACAUCACCGGACGGGUCAUCGUGCAAGACAUCCCCGAGACUCUGGAGCACGCCAACGCAAUCGAUGGCAUCGAGUUCAUGGAAUACGACUGCUUCUCGCCACACCCGAUUCGAGGCGCAAAGUUCUAUUACCUGCGCUAUGUCUUGCAUCUUUGGCAGGAUGAUAAGUGCGUUGAAGCCUUGAAGUCCAUCAUCCCUGCGAUGGGCCCUGAGUCUCGCAUUCUGAUUGAUGAGUUGGUUGUCCCUGCUCCUGGCGCCACUUGGCAGAUGGCGUGGCGGAGUAUUGGGAUUACUGCCACCCUUGCUGGAAUGGAGCGCACUCGAGCACGGUGGGAGGGCGUGCUUGAGGCAGCUGAAUUGGAAAUCCUGAAUAUCUUCCCUUACGACUCAAACGGGCAGGCGAUCAUCGUUGCGGCUCCAAAGAACUGA